AACGUACUAAUAGUUAGUAGAUUUUUCUACCGUUUCUUUUACAAAGCUCUCCAACAUGCUACCAGAGGCCGCCCGAGCAUGAAGGGAAGUAGGGAGAGGCUGAUAAACAUGGAAGAAAUAGAAGCGGCAAAGAGGAGAUGCACGGACCUCAUCAAUUCCAUAAACAGAUUGCCUGAAUCCACCAACCUCACCCACUCAUGUCGACGCACUCUCCUCAAAUUGGUUCACUCCGAUCUCACAUUCCUCUGUUCUCUUCCCGCUCUCCACGCAUCUCUCAGUCUGAACGUUGGUCACUUGGAAGCCGUUGUUCGAAUUCUUCACCAUCCAUCCGUCUGUGGAGUUUCACGUGUCUGCAAGCCACUUCCUAUUCCAGACUCUUCUUUCAAAUCUGCCCAUGUCGAUAUAAUCUGCACUCUCUACAAGAGACCAGUGUGGAUAAUUGUAUCAGAUAGGAAUCCAAAGUAUUUAUCCUGGCACGACCUUCGCGGAAACAAGGGUUUGAAAUUUAGAUUGCUAAACCUCCUCGAUGCGGCCCGCUCUUCCCCUACAUUAAGACCUUCUUCUCUUAUCCUUUUCUUCGCAAAUGGACUUCCGAGCUAUUUUCGUGAAAAGCUCGGAGUUGAAUUCGGCGCCUCUGAAUUUGAUUUUGACUCCUCGGAGGAUGCCGAAGGAGAGUGGGUUCACGUAUUCUCAUGGUCUUAUUGGUAUGAAAACGCGUUUGCCUUCGAAAUUCCGGUAAAGGUUGAUUCGGAUGACAACGGUGUUGAUUCCUCUUUUGGCUCGCUUCCUGCUGCUGCUGGCUCUGAGCUUCAGGAAGAGAACGCGAAACUAAAAAUUGACGAAAGCUCUAAGCCAUGGGAUUUGCUCGGGGAUGGCCAUCCUUUAAAUUUUGACACUACGGCUUUGAUUGCUCUUGUGUCAGGUAUCACUAAUGGUGGCGCCCAGCAACUUCUAGGUAGGCCAGAGAAUGAACUGAAGCAGCGAUUUAAGGGAAACUUUGAAUUUGUGAUUGCUCUGGUAAUGUCUGAACGUCAAAGUCCAUUGCAUUUAGAACUGGGUGGAAUCCUCUCUGGGAGGAAAGGAAUAAUAUGUGAAAGUGUCCUUUCCGAGUUCAAGGAGUUAAUCCAGAUGUGUGGUGGGCCAAAUGAGAAGCAUAGAGCUGAUCAGUUACUGAAGCGCCUUCUGGUUGUUCCUGAUAAUCCUUCAGAACGCAUGAUGGCCCUUCCAACGACCAGAAAGCUGGCAUUGAAGAAGAAGGUUGUAUUUGGCACGGGUGAUCUAUGGCAUGCUCCAACUUUGACAGCAAAUAUGUCAUUUGUCAGAGCAGUUUCACAGACUGGGAUGUCUUUGCAUACGAUUGAGCAUAGACCGCGUGCUCUGACUGGGGAUUAACAAUAUCUCAUUCUGUGAGGACUUAGUUACCCAAUUGAGAGAGUGAGUGCAGCUAACAGAGUCUAUGAUAUUGUUUAUUCAUCAUAGCGAUAUUUACUGGCUUAUUAUGCAUUUAUACAUCUAGAAGAGCAUUGAUCAUUCGUGUAAUGCUAGCAGUGUUUCUUUAACACAUCUUAGGUACUGUAGAAACCUUUCAAACUUGAGGAGCUUAUCCUAGCCACAAAAUAAUUGCAUAUUAAAAAAGCUGUAUAUCUCAA